AUGUGUCUUAGUAAUUUAAUUCUAACCAGUUCUGUAUUGAUAUUGAGCCUUUUGGAACAAUGGGUCACUUUGUAUUUAGCAAAGAUUAUUAAUAUUAAAUAUUUUCCUCCACAGCCUAAAGUAAAACUGUCGCCCAAUUUCCAAAAGACUGAAGAAAGCCCGGUAAAGGCUAAGAAAGAGGCCGAUACCAAACUCUUAGUUAAGAUCGACUUAAGUCGGCUCAAUAUUGAUGAGAUUCCUAUACUAAAACGGUAUAUCGAAACUAAAAAGCAUUCGGUGCUAGACCAAAAAGAGCACAAAUGCAAGACGGAGCCUAGCGAUGAGGAGAAGGCGCGCGAGAGCAGCGUUGAAAGCAGGAAAACGGUUGCCGUUCAGGCCUGUGCAUCCGAUGCGAAGUCGGCCGAUUCUAAAAAAGCGAAAAAAAGAAAAAGGAAGAACAGCGGCAGCUCAGUCUCGUCGGUGUCGGCGGUCAGCAAUAAUCCAUCUUAUGCCAGUAAAAAAGAGAAAGAUAAGGAACCUUACAAAGAGAAAAGUCGGCAUAAAUCAAAACGGAAAAAAGACGAUGCGAGCCUCACCAAACAGCAGCAGCUUCAAGGUCAAAGUGAAAACCUCAACUCUAUCAACACACCACCGACCAAUCACGAAAGGGAUUGCAUACCUCCAGCAGCUGAUACUUCAGCCUAUUCACCUUCUAAGAAGAAAUCGAAAGCAGCUCGUGGGUCAGACGAGUUUAAAAAUGCAAAACACGAUUCUGAUGAUGAAUGGAAUGAACGGAAGAGAAGUCGCGUUAAGGCCCUGUUUCAAGAUAGUCGAUCCGACAGAAGUGAGUCCGAGUCGUCCGUUCGUCGCAGACGCGAUAAACCGAAGGAAAGCACCUCGCCCUUCAGACGGAAACAUGCCAAAAGCGUGGCGUUCGUCCAGACCUCCGAUUCUAGCGACAGCGACGAACCUCCGCCGCGCGUCGGUAGACCGAGCAGAAGCAGUACCUCCGAGAACCACGUUCACCACAUUUCCGAUUCUGACAGCGACUUGGAUAGCGUGCCGAAAAAACUGGAUAAAGUGGACGAGCACAAGUCGAUCGCUGACAAGAACAAAAACAACGUGUUGUCGAAACUGUUCACGCCGAAACGUGAUACCGAAGGAGGUGGAAAAGGUGGCGGCAAGGGUGGUAAAGGUGGAAAAGGAAAAGGUGGGGUAAACGUCAUAAUUGUUGAUGGCAACGAUGAGAGGACCAGCUCGUCGGUGGAAGACGAGGCGAUGCCUACCAUAUCGAAUACCAAUUUGUUAUCGCCCAUUCCUACCAACGACAACAAAAUAUCUAGCGUACAGCCUAAAGUAAAACUGUCGCCCAAUUUCCAAAAGACUGAAGAAAGCCCGGUAAAGGCUAAGAAAGAGGCCGAUACCAAACUCUUAGUUAAGAUCGACUUAAGUCGGCUCAAUAUUGAUGAGAUUCCUAUACUAAAACGGUAUAUCGAAACUAAAAAGCAUUCGGUGCUAGACCAAAAGAGCACAAAUGCAAGACGGAGCCUAGCGAUGAGGAGAAGGCGCGCGAGAGCAGCGUUGAAAGUAGGAAAACGGUUGCCGUUCAGGCCUGUGCAUCCGAUGCAAAGUCGGCCGAUUCUAAAAAGCGAAAAAAGAAAAGGAAGAACAGCGGCAGCUCAGUCUCGUCGGUGUCGGCGGUCAGCAAUAAUCCAUCUUAUGCCAGUAAAAAGAGAAAGAUAA